CCUUCUCCUGUGCUUCUGGUGAAUAUCUAGAAAUGAAGAACCAGGUUUGCAGUAAGUGUGAGGAAGGUACCUACUCCUUGGGCAGUGGCAUCAAGUUUGAUGAAUGGGAUGAGUUACCUGCAGGAUUUUCCAAUGUUGCAACAUUCAUGGACACAGCAGUGGGUCCUGCUGAGAACAAACCGGAUAGCUGUGACAACUCUUCCUGGAUUCCUCGUGGAAAUUACAUUGAAUCAAAUAGAGAUGACUGCACAGUUUCUUUAAUCUACGCAGUGCACCUAAAGAAGUCUGGUUAUGUCUUUUUUGAAUACCAAUAUAUUGACAACAACAUCUUCUUUGAAUUCUUUAUACAAAAUGAUCAGUGCCAAGAGAUGGACUCCUCCACAGACAAGUGGGUAAAAUUGACAGACAAUGGAGAAUGGGGUUCUCAUUCUGUCAUGUUAAAAUCAGGCACAAACAUAUUAUACUGGAGGACCACGGGGAUUCUCAUGGGGUCCAAAGUGGUGAAACCUGUACUAGUGAAAAAUAUCACUAUUGAAGGUGUUGCAUACACAUCAGAAUGUUUUCCCUGCAAACCAGGCACAUUCAGUGACAAGCCAGGUUUAUCCAACUGCCAGGUUUGUCCUAGAAACACCUAUUCUGAGAAAGGAGCUAAAGAGUGCAUAAAAUGCAAAGAAGAUACCCAGUUUGCAGAUGAAGGAUCCAGCCAAUGUAUGGAGCGCCCUCCUUGUACACAAAAAGACUACUUUCAGAUUCAUACACCAUGUGAUGAUGAAGGAAAGACACAGAUAAUGUACAAGUGGAUAGAGCCCAAGAUCUGCCAGGAGGACCGCGCAGAUGCUGUUAGACUUCCCCCUUCUGGAGAGAAGAGAGAUUGUCCCCCAUGCAAUCCUGGUUUUUAUAACAAUGGUUCCUCUUCUUGUACUCCUUGCCCACCUGGAACAUUUUCAGAUGGAACGCAGGAAUGCAAGCCAUGCCCAGCAGGAACAGAGCCUGCUUUAGGUUUUGAAUAUAAAUGGUGGAACAUCCUGCCUGCCAAUAUGAAAACCUCCUGCUUCAAUGUUGGGAACUCAAAAUGUGAUGGAAUGAAUGGUUGGGAGGUAGCUGGAGACCAUAUCCAGAGUGGGGCAGGAGGCUCGGAUAAUGAUUAUCUGAUCUUAAACUUGCAUAUCCCAGGAUUUAAGCCUCCAACAUCUAUGACGGGAGCCACAGGUUCUGAACUCGGAAGGAUAAGUUUUAUUUUUGAGACCAUCUGUUCAGCAGACUGUGUGCUGUACUUCAUGGUGGAUAUUAAUAGAAAAAAUACCAACGUGGUGGAAUCCUGGGGUGGAACCAAAGAGAAACAAGCUUAUACCCACAUCAUCUUCAAGAAUGCAACAUUCACAUUUACAUGGGCCUUCCAGAGAACAAAUCAGGGCCAAGAUAGUAGACGGUUUAUCAACGAUAUGGUGAAGAUCUAUUCUAUCACGACUACAAAUGCAGUUGAUGGAGUAGCUUCAUCUUGCCGGGCCUGUGCCCUGGGUUCUCAGCAGUCACGUUCAUCCUGUGUGCCUUGCCCACCUGGACACUACAUUGAGAAAGAGACCAACCAGUGCAAGGAAUGUCCGCCUGACACUUACUUGUCCAUACAUCAGGUGUAUGGCAAGGAAGCUUGUGUUCCAUGUGGGCCAGGAAGCAAAAGUGCACAGGAUCACACGGUUUGCUAUAGUGACUGCUUCCUGUCCUACAUGAAAGAAAAUCAGAGUUUGCACUAUGACUUCAGCAACCUCAGCAAUAUUGGCUCAUUAAUGAAUGGCCCGAGCUUUACUUCCAAAGGAACCAAAUAUUUCCAUUUCUUCAACAUCAGCCUGUGUGGGCAUGAGGGGAAGAAGAUGGCAAUUUGUACUAACAACAUAACAGAUAUCACUGUGAAGGAAAUGGUAGCUGAAUCAGAAGAUUAUACCAAUUUUGUAGGAGCAUUUAUAUGCCAGUCAACUAUUAUUCCAUCUGAAAGCAAGGGCUUCCGUACAGCUUUGUCUUCACAGUCUAUCAGCCUUGCAGAUAUAUUUUUAGGAGUAACUGUUGAAACCACAUUGUACAAUAUCAAUGUGAAGGAAGAUAUGUUCCCAGCUCCAUUAAGGCAAAUACCUGAUGUACAUUUCUUUUACAAGUCUUCCACGGUGACAGCAUCCUGCAACAAUGGGCGAGUGGCUGUUGUCACUAUGAGAUGCAAUCCCAGCAAACCUGGCCAAGGUGUGAUUUCAGUCCCCAGCACAUGUCCAGCGGGCACCUGUGAUGGCUGUACAUUCUAUUUCCUGUGGGAGAGUGCUGAAGCUUGUCCUUUGUGUACAGAGCAUGACUACCAUGAGAUCGAAGGAGCCUGUAAGAGAGGAUUUCAGGAAACCUUAUAUGUAUGGAAUGAACCAAAGCAAUGCAUUAAAGGGGUUUCCUUACCAGAGAAAAGAUUGACCACAUGUGAAACAGUUGAUUUUUGGUUAAAAGUGGGAGCAGGAGUAGGUGCUUUUACAGCAGUUUUACUUGUGGCCUUGACCUGCUACUUCUGGAAAAAGAAUCAAAAAUUAGAAUAUAAAUAUUCCAAACUGGUAAUGACAGCUAAUGCAAAGGAGUGUGAGCUCCCAGCUGCAGAUAGCUGUGCUAUCAUGGAAGGGGAAGAUAAUGAGGAAGAAGUUGUAUAUUCCAAUAAACAGACACUCUUGGGCAAACUUAAAUCCUUGGCAACAAAGGAGAAGGAAGAUCAUUUUGAAUCUGUUCAGCUGAAAUCCUCAAGAUCCCCCAAUAUAUGAAGAGACAGUGCUGCCUUUGGAUAAAGGAACAAAGAAACCUGCUUUCUAAUUUUACAGGACCACAUUUUAGAGUCCAUCUUGGUGUCCAGGAUUGUUGGUGAUACCUGUGAGAAAUACUGGACUGUUGAAAAAAGAAGGUUGGAGCCUUCUGGUUGUCUGGUUGCCUUAUGAUGUGGUCAAGUACCUUGCCAAAAAGGAAAGCAAACAGUUUGGUGGCCAAGAUGAUGGUGAAGUUCAACUCAGGAAAGAGAUAUAUGUGUAUAUAUGUAAUUGAAAACCAAGUUUAAAGCCCAACAGUGCACUGCUGAUGCAUGCCAUUUAAUUAAUUGGUAACUUUCAUUUCUUUUAACUCGUAUGAGAAUUAUCAUGUGUGUGUGCGUGCGUGUACGCAUGUGUGCAUGCAUGUGCAAUCAUAUGAAUAUUUUCCCUUAUUCUUUUGGAAGACUUCAAACUUUUCAUGACAUACAAUCCCUUUGACCCCUAAUCCCUGUUUUCUCCCCUCCCACCAUUUGAACAUGAAAUUUCCCUUCAAAAUGUUAAGCAGUGCUUGAGACUUAAGAACUUGAAUUUUCAUUCUCACAGAGAGCUUUCCCCUUUGAUUUCAGAAGCUCAAGUUAUCACCCUUUUGGAAAAAUUAGGUUCUCCAGGUUUCUGGGACAUCUGAAUGUGUGUUCUUUCCAGAAAUUCCAUGUUAGGUGGAGCUUAGAUGGUGUAGUAACCUUUAAGGAAGAAAUUCCUGGAAAACAUAGAGGAUGCACCUCGGAAGAAAAUGAGAAACAACCAGGAUACUAACUUCUUAGGAAGUCAAUCAAUCCUUUUAUUAAUAUGAAAGCCACACUAUAGAAAACUUCUUAAAUAGAAAGACGUUAAAGUGAGGAAAAAAUGAAGUGAGAUGGAUUAUCAUGUCAAGUGGAGAAAUAAAAAAAGAUAGCUUAUCAAUUGAUGCAAGUUUAACUUAGACAACUUAUUCCACAGUUAUUAGCAUUGCUUUGGGCUCUUUGGAAAAGUGAGAUAGGCUACUCAUCCUCUUGUUUCAUGUAAAGUCCAAUUCUCAAGGCAUGUGGGGAUAAGACCUCUUGUUGGCUCUUGUGGGAUGUUGCGAUUUGUGAUUUUUGUUUGGAGAAUUUUCUUCAAUCAAUAAACCAACAUCUAGCUUUGGAAAAAAUAAAGCUUAUGACUGUCUGUAUGGCUAGGAAGUUGUUGUUUUUUGGGCAGGAAAGGGAAUCUUAAUAUUGUUUUAAAAUUUGGUGACUCUUAUUGUUAACAAGAUUCAGGCAUGUGUUUAUUCAGAACAGAAGUUUGGAUGAUGAUGGAAUUGGCUAAUUUACCACAAAGUAAAUUUUUUUAGAAUCAUUGGGCACUGAAACAAGGUCUGGGACACUGAGCACCUUGGAGUGCCCAGCAUGAUUGCAAUCAAAAGUAGUACAUUAGUAGAGAUUUAACUCAACUGAGGUGGGGAAUUAUUUAUUGGCUGAAAGAUGAAGGUAGGUAAGGAUAGGGGGAAGAAGAUAUGAUUUUCUUGCCCCUCAUAUUUCACAUUCUUAUAUAAUUUUGGAUUCAGUGGGUGAGGGGGAUAAGGAGCAAAAUACAUGCUUGAUUGUGUCUGGAUAAUAUAUGGGAUUUUGCACCAUGAUAUUGUUGAUUGUUCAUUCAUAUGUCUUUUUGGUGUACUUCUGCAUUGUUUCUCACACUUCUGUUUAUUGAAUUUGUUAUUGUCCCAUCUUUCAUGUGUGGUAUUCAGGGAUGGAGUCAUUCAUUGAGUGUAAUAUACUUACGAUUUUAAUGCUUGGAUCUUUUAUAAAGAAGUUUUUUUUUUUUUUUUAAGCCUGAUUCUUACCCAACUAAUUAGGGAGCAUUGAAGAUCAUUUCCCCCUUCUCUGAUCAAAAUUCAGACAACAGAAAGAAAAUGUAUUCAAUGUCUGCCCUUUCUGAUUACUAGCAGAACUUUAACACACAAUUGUGAAUGCAGCAGUGUUCUGCAAGAACAGACAGAGACAAGAAGCUUCCACAAAAUCACCUGUCACCUUUCUCUCCAUCCUUGGCUAUGCUCUACAUGUAUGUUCCAAGCCAUAGAAAUAAUUGGGAUUUGCUCCCAGGUAUCUCCUUUCUUUUCUUGUCACUGGACUCGAAUCUCUGACAUGUCAAAAAUGCCUUAAAUUUUAAUGAACUAUCUCACAAUGUAGUUAAUGUGGAGGAGCUUUUAUUUAUUUUGCUUCUAAUUUUAGAUAUAAAGUAGCAUUUUGUCAGCUCAGUGCCAUCUUUGGUAGAGGAGCUGUCUUUUACCUAUGAUUCCCAACAAUCUGUUAUUUUAUACCAUAUUGUUUUGAGCCCUAAAGAAACAUACCUGAAGAAAUAUAAAGAAAAUAUGAAGACCAAUUCUGACUGUCAAGUUCACUAAAGUUUUAUGUCUGGGAUUUGCAAAGUUUAAUGGAAUACUGAAAGGCAUAAAGGAAUUAAUUGUGCCACAGUGACUUUUAAGGGACAUUGUUAUUACUUACUAUUUUUUCCCUGAAAUGGUAGAGAGAGAGAAUUUAUAAAAGGCGUGGUUCUGAAGCCUUAAAUACUUCACAAAGCCAACUGUCGCCUAUAAUGUCUUCUAGCACUCUGCCAAAAUGUAUUUAAAGCAAUCUUCCACUAGAUGAGAGAAUGUCUUCUACGGAUAAAUUCUUUUAUGCCACCUAAUAAUAUGGAGCAGUUUAUGUGUUCACUUGAUUAAAUAGACUACAUUUUAUCACUGUGUUGCCUUUUUUUUUGUAUUGGGUUAUGAGUAAUCACAUUCCCUGUGCAAUUAAAUAAAUUUAAUGAUAUCUUUA